UCAAAAUAACGUUGAAGCAAUUGGAAGCCUUAAACCAGUCCAAAAUGGUCGCCCAAAACUUGGUUUUUUUCUUCUGCUGCUUCUUCUUCAUUUCUGUUUUCUCAGAAGAACAUGGUGUUGAAGGUUUGGGAAGGGGAGACAAGAGAUUAUUUGUGUUUGGGGAUUCGUAUGCUGACACGGGGAACAACAGGAUAGCAUUGGCAAGUUCAUGGAAAUUCCCUUAUGGAAUUACGUUCCCUGGAAAACCCGCCGGUCGUUUCUCUGAUGGCCGAGUCUCUACUGAUUUCAUCGCGGGUUACUUGGGAAUGAAGACACCAAUUCCAUACAGAUGGAGGAAACAACUGGCGGGUCGGGUGAAAUACGGGUUGAACUUUGCUUACGGAGGGACUGGGGUUUUCGACACGUCGGCUUCGUAUCCGAACAUGACGACCCAAAUCCAUUUUCUGCAACAGUUAAUCAACGAUUCCGUUUACAACAAGAGGGGCUUGAAAGCUUCUUUGGCAUUUGUCAGUGCUUCAGGCAAUGACUACGCCAAUUACAUUGCCAUGAACGGCUCUACGGCGGGUUUUCCGGCCUUUAUUUCGAGCGUCGUGAGGCAACUUACUGUGAGUUUGAGACGCAUACAUGGGUUGGGAGUGGGAAAAAUAGCGGUGGGUUCCCUGCCACCGUUGGGGUGUCUCCCUGCUAACACCGCUCAGACCUCGUUUCAACGGUGCGACCCAACUCAAAACGCCCUUGUUGAUCUCCACAACCUACUGCUCCUUCAAGCGGUCACCAACCUCAACAACCAAACCAACUCCACCUCUUUCUUUAUUCUCGACUUCCACGGUGCCUUUUCGACAGUUCUCAAUCAAACGCAGCCUCAUCAAGGAAGCCCGAAAUUUGAGAAGCCGUUGCAGGCAUGUUGUAUGGGAGUGAGUGCUGCAUUUUCAUGUGGAAGUGUAGAUGAAAAUGGAGUUAAGAAGUACACGCUUUGCUCAAACCCUAAAUCCAAGUUCUUUUGGGAUACACUUCACCCUACGCAGGAAGGCUGGCGAGCUGCAUUCUCAACUCCAGCUUUUCAAAACAGCUUCAACCAACUUUUCCAGAACUAAAAUUUACCACCAAAACUUACCUCUGUUAGCUUCUGAUCUCUACAUUUUUUGUUCUUUGUACCCAUCAACUCCUUUGUAAUUUUGUCUA